AUGACAUCCAGCGUAGAUAAAUCAUCAAUAAGUGUAAAAGAAAAUGUAACUCGUAAUGAUGAACAACCCCUUACUUCAAGAGCUGAAUUAUGGAGUUAUUAUCUGUAUUACAAUGGAAACAAUGGCUAUACUAUAUACAGCUAUAUGCCAGUCAUUUUGCAAUACCUUGCUUAUCGUGGAGGGUUCAAUCCGGAGACAAACGGUCCCUGUGACAUUCAAGACGCCCUUAAACCAUGUAACGUCCAUUGGCUAUCAUCAAGCGUUCCUGUGUCCUCUAUGCUUUUGUACGUUCAAGCGAUCGCUUUCUCGAUUCAACUGCUACUUUUCACAACUUUUGGAAGUUUAGCAGAUUAUGGUAGAUGGAACAGAUAUAUCCUAUUUACUGCUACCGUGAUAAGUUGUCUGUUCCAGGCUCUUCCUAUUGUCUUGAUCAAUGACGACGGAUCACACUGGCCACUAAUGAUGGCCGUUAUGAUUAUUGGUCUCAUCGCUUACGGUGCAACCCUUGUGUUCUAUGCUGCCGUAUUUCCAAUUUUAAGUGAUAAUCUACCUGCAGUGCGAGAGAAGGGUGAGGAUCCCGAGAAAUGGAGAAAUCACGUGUCGACCAUAUCGACGACCUGGUCCAACGUCGGCUUUGUCAUCGUCUCUGGUAUUCUCGCGGGCGUUUCAUUUGUGCAGUACAACGGAGGUGACCUUGGAGAUGCACCCAUGUAUAACUUUAUUGGUACUGUCUUUUGUGCAGGGUUCCUGGCAUUGAAUGCGAUUCCUUACUUUAUAACCAUGCCCAAAGGUAGAAAGGGGCCCCCACUUCCUCCAAAUAGCCAUUACUUGACCCUCGGCUGGACUUCCAUCUUUGAAGCACUAAAAGAGGCUAAGAAACUUCGAUACCUGUUUAUGUACUUGAUUGCAUAUUUUAUGUUUUCUGAUGGUGUAUCGACAAUCUCACAAAUGCAAGGCAUCAUUCAAGGUCAGCUUACGAGUUUCUCGGCCAAGGAGGGUACGCUCAUGGGCUUAGUCAGUGCCAUCACCUCCAUUAUGGGUUGCCUCAUGUUCCUAUGGAUCGCAAAAUUCUUUAAACUCAAGACAAAGACAAGUCUACUUAUUAUCAUGGCUACAACGGGUCUUGUGGCCGUAUGGGGAUCAUUUGGUAUUGCAUUUGAUAAUUUUGGGAUCAAGACAAAAUCUGAAUUAUGGGUGUUGAGUGUCUGGUCUGGAAUAUUCAUCGCUCCCAUUUGGGCAUGGCAACAAACCAUGUUGGCAGAAUUAAUUCCAAAGGGUAAAGAGAAUUUGUUCUUUGGUCUCUUUGGUGUGGUCAACAAGGCAUCGUCAUGGAUCGGUCCAGUCGUGAUUGGUGCGAUUACCGAAGCAACAUCGAGCAUCUGGAAAGGAUGGCCCUUUGUGCUCGGUUUGUUUUGUGCGGCCAUUCUCAUUGUUAUCUUUAUUGAUGUCGAUAAGGCCAAACAAGAAGCGCUGGAUUACAAUGCUCGUAAUUGUGUACAGGACACGAGUAGUGAUACAAAGUUGGAUGCCUAA